CAUGAAGUACAUUUAUAAGGAAGUAAAGGAAAAACUGGACACUGUUGGUAGGAGAAAAAUGUUUAUAAGCUGAGUGAGUUUUGACUUACAUCUAAUAUGAGUCUCUCUGGGGAGAGAGAGGAGGAGACCACUGCCUCUAAAAUUAGUCUCUCUGGUGAGAGAGAGGAGGAGACCACUGCCUCUAAAAUUAGUCUCUCUGAGGAGAGAGGGGAGGGGACAACUUCCUCUAAAAUGAGUCUCUUUGGGGAGAGAGAGGACGGGACCACUGCCUCUAAAAUGAGUCUCUCUGGGGAGAGAGGGGAGGAGACCACUGCCUCUAAAAUGAGUCUCUUUGGGGAGAGAGAGGACAGGACCACUGACUCUAAAAUGACUCAAGACACCAGUUCAAAGUGUGUCCAGAAGCCCAGAGCAGAGUCACCUACAACCAGCCUGCUAUCAAUGAAGAGUGAUCAGCCACCUACUUUCAGCCAGGAACCAUUACCAGAUGACAAUAAGGAAGUGGAGAGUUUGGACAGUGAGGAUGCAUUAAAGAUCACACACAACCUUCUGGACAGAAGAAGUCAAACUCUGCUGACAGUCCAACAAGCCAUUAAGGCUAAACUGAAACACAAGUAUCAACACAUAUCUGAAGGAAAUGGACACCAUGGAAAUCAAAGUUUGUUCAAGGACAUCUACACAGACCUCUACAUCACAGAGGGUGGAAGUGGAGGGCUCAAUAAUGAACAUGAGGUUAGACAGAUAGAGAUCGUAUCCAAGAAACGAACCACACAAGAGACAUCAAUCAAAUGCAACGACAUCUUCAAGCCUUUACCUGGACAAGACAAACCUAUCAGAACUGUGCUGACCAAAGGAAUCGCAGGCAUUGGAAAAACAGUCUCUGUGCAGAAGUUCAUCCUUGAUUGGGCAGAGGGAAAAGCAAAUCAGGACGUUCAUUUCAUGUUUCCUCUUCCUUUCCGUGAUCUAAACCUGAAAAAGGACCAAUACAGUCUGAUGCAACUUCUUUCCCACUACUUCCCAGAGCUGAAAGAAAUUGACAGCAUUGAAGAUGGUGAAACCAACACAGUUUUCAUUUUUGAUGGUCUGGAUGAGUGUCGUCUUCCUCUAGACUUCACAAACAAUGAGAAGUGCUGUGAUGUCACGAAGCCAACCUCAGUGGACGUGCUGCUGAUAAACCUCAUCAAGGGGAAUCUGCUUCCCUCUGCUCUCCUCUGGAUAACCUCACGGCCUGCAGCAGCCAAUCAGAUCCCUCCUGAGUGUGUUGACCAGGUGACAGAGGUACGAGGGUUCAAUGAUCCACAGAAGGAGGAGUAUUUCAGGAAGAAAAUCACAGAUCAGAAUCUGGCCAAUGAAAUCAUCAAACACAUGAAGACAUCAAGGAGCCUCCACAUCAUGUGCCACAUGCCAGUGUUCUGUUGGAUAUCAGCCACUGUCCUUGAGAUGAUGCUGAAAGAGGCAGAGAAGGAUGAAGUCCCCAAAACUCUGACCCAGAUGUACUCACACUUCAUGAUCCAAAUCAUUAUGAAGAACAGGAAGUACAACAAAGCCACAGAGACAAACCCAAAGGAACUGUCUCAGUCAGACAAAGAGAUGAUCCUGAAACUGGCCAAGCUGGCUUUCCAACAGCUGCAGAAGGGCAACCUGAUCUCCUAUGAGGAGGACCUGAGAGAGUGUGGCCUUGAUGUCACAGAGGCAUCAGAGUACUCAGCAUUGUGUACAGAGAUCUUUAAAGAGGAAUCUGGGCUGUACCAAGAGAAGGUCUACAGCUUUGUGCAUCUGAGCAUUCAGGAGUUUCUAGCAGCAGUGCAUGCUUUAGAAUCAUGUCUGGGCAAGAAGGAAAAUGUUUUCUACCCCAAAGCAGUCACUAAGGGUCAAGAUUAUUAUGAAAACAGCCGAUUCAAAUUCUGGUCAUGCAAGUUGAAGCCUGACAAGUUGACGUCAAUCGAUGAUAAUGAUUCCGAUGAUGAUGAUUCCGAUGAAGACAAAAAGGAUGACAAUGGUGAAGAGGAGUCAAUCCAGUUGUCUGACUUACACAGGAGAGCAGUGGACCAGGCCUUGAAGAGUGAGAUUGGACACCUGGACCUGUUCCUCUGCUUCCUUCUGGGUCUCUCACUUGCGUCCAAUCAGAAUCUGUUACGAGGCCUUCUGACACAGACAGGAUGUACCACACAGACCAAUGAGGAAACAGUUGAGAGAACAGUCAGGUACCUUACAGACAACAUCAACCAGGAAUCCUCACCAGAAAGGAUCAUCAACUUGUUCCACUGUCUGAAUGAACUUGGUGCCAACUCUCUAGUUGAAGACAUGCAGACCUCCCUGCGUUCAGGAACUCUUUCAGAAACAGAGCUAGAACCUGACCAAUGUUCAGCCCUGGCCUACCUGUUACUGAUGUCAGAGGAGGUGCUGGAGGAGUUUGACCUGAAGACAUACAACACAUCAGAGGAAGGUUAUCAGAGGUUGCUGCCAGUAGUGAAAACCUGCAAGCGAGCACUACUGGAUCACUGUAAGCUCACAUAUAAAUCCUGUGAGACUCUGACCUCAGCUCUGCAGACACCAAACUUCCCCCUGAGAGAACUGGACCUCAGCUACAAUGACCUGGGAGACAGAGGAGUGGAGCUGCUCUGUGUUGGACUAACCAGUCCACUCUGCAACAUACAGACACUAGUUCUCGGUCAGUGUGGUCUAACAGAGGGUUGCUGUUCUGAUCUGGCCUCAGUCCUGAGUUCACCCAGCUCACAACUGAAACAACUGGAGCUGAGAGACAAUGACCUGCAGGACUCAGGAGUUACACUGCUGUCUGCUGGACUGGAGGAUCCAGACUGUAAACUACACACACUGGGGCUGUCUGGCUGUCUGGUCACAGAGGAGGGCUGUGCUGCUCUGUCUUCAGCUCUGAGGUCAAACCCCUCCCACCUGAAAGAGCUGGACCUGAGCUACAAUCACCCAGGAGACUCUUGUCGGCGCCGGAAGUACUUGUAUAUAACCUGUUUCUCCUACAGUGUGGAUCAUGGUGGAGAGUGCAGGCUGAAAUCAGGGCUGAGGAAAUAUGCCUGUCAUCUCACCCUGGACCCAAAUACAGUAAACCCACACCUGACACUGUCUGAGGGGAACAGGAAGGUGACACGGGUGGUGGAGAAGCAGCAUUAUGAAGACCAUCCAGACAGAUUUGAUUGUCAUUGCCAAGUUGUCUGCAGUGAAGUCAUUUCUGGAGGUCGUUAUUACUGGGAGGUGGAGAGGGAUGGUGACAUGGCUGACAUUGGUGUGGUGUACAAAGGAAUGAAGAGGAAGGGACGGGAGGAUGACAGUUGGAUUGGACUCAAUAGGAAGUCCUGGUGUUUAUACUGCUAUGAUAGUGCUUAUGAAUUUAUCCAUGCUGGAGUCAGCAGAUCCAUCUCUGGUCAUUAUUCUCACAGAGUUGGAGUAUAUCUGGACUGGUCAGCUGGUACUUUGUCCUUCUAUAGUGUGUCCUCCUCUGGUACACUGACACACCUUCACACAGAACACACCACAUUCACUGAACCCCUCUAUCCUGGAUUUGGGGUUUACUCCUCCUCCUCAGUGACCCUGUGUCAGAUAGAUGACCAACACAUUCAGAGAAACCAUGGUGGAGAGAGUUGGACCAAGCCUGGACCUGAGAACACCAGAGACCAUGGUGGAGAGAGUUGGACCAAGCCUGGACCUGAGAACACCAGAGACCAUGGUGGAGAGAGUUGGACCAAGCCUGGACCUGAGAACACCAGAGACCAUCGUGGAAAGAAGACCAUGGUGGAGAGAGUUGGACCAAGCCUGGACCUGAGAACACCAGAGACCAUUGUGGAGAGAGUUGGACCAAGCCUGGACCUGAGGACACCAGAGACCAUGGUGGAGAGAGUUGGAUCAAGCCUGGACCUGAGAACACCAGAGACCAUGGUGGAGAGUGUUGUAUCAAGCCUGGACCUGAGGACACCAGAGACCAUGGUGGAGAGAGUUGGACCAAGCCUGGACCUGAGAACACCAGAGACCAUGGUGGAGAGUUUUGGAUCAAACCUGGACCUGAGGACACCAGAGACCAUGGUGGAGAGAGUUGGAUCAAGCCUGGACCUGAGGACACCAGAGACCAUGGUGGAGAGUGUUGUAUCAAGCCUGGACCUGAGGACACCAGAGACCAUGGUGGAGAGUGUUGUAUCAAGCCUGGACCUGAGGACACCAGAGACCAUGGUGGGGAAAGUUGUAUCAAGCCUGGACCUGAGAAAUGACUCCACGCACUGGCUUCAGAUUGAACCCUUGACUUCCACUGUCCAGGGAGUGAAAAUGUUCAGACACAGGACACCCAAAGGGAGUUAUGAGUGCACAGUGUCUGGGCUCCGCUGGCUGUGUGAGAGAGAUGUCAUUCUGAAGUAUCACUUCAGGAACUGGGAACCCUACACUCAACUUAUGAAAGACAUGCAGUACACACAAGGUGGUCCAUUGCUGGACAUCACUAUGGAGUUAGGUGAACUGGAGGAAGUUCAUCUGCCACACUGUGUCUGUUUAGGACCCAACCCUUCCCUGAGGAAUGAGAUGAAGAUUCUUCAUGCAGAGGAACAUGGAGUGUCUUUAGAGGAAGUGCAUGAGGUCACCAGAUUCCAUGCUAAGAUUCUUCAUCCCAAGUUCUCACCUAUCUCUGUUAUAUGGAAAUCACUGUCUCGUAAGAAAGAUGUCCACUGUGAUGUGGUCCUCUACAUGGCAGUAAAAAGGUCAACAGUCAUUUCAAGGCUGUACCUGCUCCUCAGAAACUCCAGUCAGAAAGAGGCUGUUCAGGAACGGGAGAAAAACCAGGUGUCCAAAGGAUUUUCAGAAUUCGUCCUGUCAAGUCCAAACGGGUCCUUAAAGCUGAACAGUUGGUUUGCGUUCAAGAAUCCCCGCUCCACUUCCAUCAAUCCAGAGAAGAUUCAGCUGUUACCUGCAGACACCACACCAAGCUGUUGCCAGAUGAUAAUGGGAAACACAGGGGUUGACAUUGAGAUGGAGUUAAUCGGGGAGGAUGAGAGGACAGUAUGGAAAUCAGUUUUAUCAAAAGAUGUGUACAGCAACGACUCUCAUCCAACAUCAUUAAUACUCCUUGGGAUUCCUGCUGAGGAGUUUCUGAAGAAACACAGGGCUGUACUCAUUCAGGGAGUCAAAAACCCAAUGCCAAUAGCAGAUAAUCUGUUGUCAAAGAGCAUGAUUGGUGAUGAAGAGUACUCCAGAAUAAAAGCUGAAACAACUGAACAGGAGCGAAUGAGAGAACUACUGAACGCAGUCCUCCCUAAAGGACCAGAAGUGACGGGAGCUUGUCUAAAAGCUCUCAUUGAACAUGAACACCAUCUUGUUAAGUACUUGAGUGAAUCUAGCACCUAAUCUGAAGAUGCUGAGGCCUGUCUCCCGCCCCCCCUGAAAAGGACAAAAAUGAAUGGAAACAUAUUGGCACUGUACGAAACAUAUGGACGGUGUCCAAUACCACUCAAAUAUCGGCCAUUUCAUUCAAAGCUUAUGGCAAAUGUCAUAGGUCAAAUGUCAAGUGUCAUAACAGCAAAAUCCAAAAGAUGGCGAGCGCGCUCCACCGUAGAUUUUCAUAUGGCAAAUGCACAUCAAGUCAAGACCCAAGAGUCAAAUGUUGAUGUACCACCCCCCUAAAAAAGAGCUUUAUGGACCGUUUUGUCAAUUAUACAUGUAUAAGAACUGUAUGAACAUACUUUUGUCAUAUUUUAUUGUCAUAAAAAAAUAAAAAAAUGUUUUACUUGUCCAUAAGGCAUAUGUUUUGUCCAUUUGCAAUAUGAUUUCAUAGGAAGUCAAAAGUCGAAGUCAAAAGUCAGUGAACCAUUGCCAAAUGUCAUAAGAAAUGUCCAAAUGCAAUAUGAAAUCAUUGAAACUGCCAAAUCAGGAUGUUAUGUCCAUUUGCCAUGUACGAUCAUAAGAAGUCUGUUUCCAAAUGCAAAAGUCAGUGAAUCAUGUCCAAAUGGCAUUUAUACUGCCCAAACGAUAUAUAGCACUAUGUUAAGCCAUGAAUCAACCUAGAUGGUCUAUUUGUCAUGUAUGAUGAGGGAGAAGUGGGACUCGGUUGUUUUUU